GUUGCUAUUGUUGCCAAGAUGAGCGCACUGGUUAAUAUUGCACAUUAUCACAUUAGAGGAGGAAAGCUGGGCUUAAUCUACAACUUCAUGUUGGUGUCUCAAAAGCAGCAUUUACUUUCAUGUGCAUGUUUGUUAGUGCUUUCCACAUCAGAACCAAGGAGUUAGGUUUAAACCAGUUCCUGAAUUACACAAACUUAAAGCAAAAGAACUUUUAAAUUGAUCAAACUAAACACUUUCCCCAUGGGGCUGAUUCUUUUUACAUUCGAUUUCAUUUUUGAAUAGUUUAAUCUCUGCAGAGACAAAUGAGAGAAUGGUUUUAGGUGUAAUGUUAUAGGAAGAUAAAGGAUUUUGCCUUCCUACACUUUUUCAAUAAAUAGGAGCUGUAUCAAUCAUGAAAUUUUGAGUUGACUCACUUUUUGCACCCCCUGUUGUCCAAUCUAUAGUUAGAUUAAACCUAGUUUUUUCUGUAUCAGCUUCACACAUUUUUUUACUCUUAUUCAUCAAUAUUUACAUUACUUAUUAACUAUUAAACAGGGUGUUGAGUAAUUUAAUGUGCCCCUUUUCCCUAGGUUUCAUCAAAAUCAAACCGGUAUUUUCCCAAGACACUGCUGUCUAACAAACAGACAAAACCACAACAUGGACACACACUCACACACACUCACAUAUGGAGCCCGUGCACCACAACAGUCCUGUUGUGGAAACAAAGGAGUACAGGGGCUGAAAACAGAACAUACAUGUUUUACUUUUAAAAGCUUUUACUGUUUUCAGUUCAAUAGGUGAGUCAAGAGGCACACACACACACAAACACACACUGACAGGUGAGGUGGGUGGGGGGUGACACGAUGAGGGACAGGGGGAGGGGCUGGUCUCCAUGGAAACCGCUCAGCCUGUUCUCUGAUCUGCAGAAAAAGAAGAAGAAGACAGCUGAAGACGUCCGGUGGUGAAGGUCAGAACCGUCCAAACUGGGAGCUCUAGUUCCAACUCAGAUCGAGCUUUGAAGACUAGCUGAGAGGUUCUGUAGCAGAGGUCGGAGCCUUCUGGAUGUUUCUAUGAUUAUUCUAAUGGGCGACAGAUGACCAGCAGCCAUAUGGAGGCUCAGGUGAGCUCUUUGUCUGACCUGCGAUGGCAGUGAUGCAGGAAUUUAUGAGUUUUUCCUCCACAGAGACCCUUCAGUCUAAUGCAAUAAAAGACUGUUAUUUUUAGCACAGCGCACUUAUUUAGGCUGUAAAACAACAGCUCAUAUCAUAAAAGUUUUCUUUGAAUCAUUUUAAAAACUCUCCUCUUGACUUUUCUCCAGAUAGUCGAAUUAACCAUUCGCAUUCAAUAAAUCUGAAUGAACAAAGAAAAUCAAUUUUAACUGCUUAAUGCUAAAAAACAAAGUACAUCUAUCUAAUAGCCUCUGCUCUUAAAAUCUAUGUGUGCUUUACUUUAAAAUACAUUUGUUUCAUUUGAUACAGCCGUUUACUUCCAUCUACUUCUGUAUGAUGAAAAGUCUUAGUGUAGAUUCCUGAAACCUGUUUGAGUUCAAGUAAACAUCAACUUUUCUCUUUUACUGACUUAACUCUGUCAGUCGGCUUUGUAUGAAAUGAAAAAUCAAUGGAAGUCAAUGGAGACUGAAACAGGUGUUCAACUUUUUUAAACAGCUUUUAAAACUCAGAGAGUUUGUUGUCCUUGUUCUGAGAAUGAGUGAUGUAAAGGAUCUUGUUUAAUGUUAGUAAAUUGACUGUUGCCUUCGAUUCAUUUUUCUGUGAUUUAAAGCUUCUCUGUGGAGCUUUAGUUUGUGUUCAUUUUGAUGUAAACAAAGCUGUGCCUCCUAAAUAGUAGUGCAUUGUGUGGGUCAGUAAAGUCUUGUAUAUGGUUCCAUCACUUCUAAAUGCACCUCUCCCAAGACUUCUUCCUUCUGUGUUCUUGGUUUACCCUUCAGGAGAUUGCAUCAUCAGCCUUUCCCAACAUAACAUAGUUUGUGAUAGUUUGUGUACAAGCAACAGACAACAAGUCCACAAGUAAAACCUGCACAAUACUUGAUUUGAUUGCAUAAAAAAAGUCAAAGUUGUUCAUAACUACCAUUAAAAGUAUUGCUCUUUACCCUUGUAGGAGGGGCAGCCAUCUUGGAUUUUGAGCUCAGUGUCUCAGAGUAGGAAUUUGGAUUUGGGAGGUGUUUCAGGUGACAUACCCUGUAGGCAUUUUGAAGUUUUCCACUUCAAAUUAAAACAGUCUUCUCAGUCGUACAUGAUAUAAACCUCAAUAAUCUGACACACUGUGGUCAUGUCAAAGCUUGCUGAUUGAAAGGCUUAGAAACUUAUACAGCCCGUUAGUGAACCACAGGACAGAAAGUCAAUGUUAAUGUUAAUGUGAUUAAUAUUAAUGCGUUCAAGUGUGCAUCUGUGAUAUACAUAUAAAGUUUGGGUAAGAUUGAAACACGUUUAGCUGAAACAAAACAACGUCCUGUUUCAUGGCAAAACUUGCAACUUUAAGGCGUGUUUACCUGCUGCAUCAUCAUCCUCCAAAACCUUCUGUUCCAGUUAGCCAUUUAUGCCCCAAAUAUUUAAAAGUAGAGCAAAGGUUAAAAAUAUCGGAAGUACCCUGAUGUAUUUUGUUAAUAAUUGAUAAGUUAGUGUAGUUAUUGGGCAGGAUUUCCAUCGCUUUCCAUUAUUUUUCAACAUCAAGCAGAUCCCUGAAACUUUUUGCUUCGCAUUAUUCAUCACAGAGAAUAUAAAAGCAUUGAAAAUAUUUUUUCCUCAUCAUUGGAACCCAGUGCAGACUUUCAAAAACCAAUCAUUAUAUUAGAUCUUGCAUCAGCAGACUUCUUUUCUACAGGAAAGACUACCAAACUUUUUUAAAAAAUGUGCUUGUUGAUCUUCAUCCAUUAAUUUGCUCCCAGUAUUAUUUCAAAGGAUUCCCACAACUACUAGAGCAAUGAAGUAUCGAAACUGUUGACAGGGAGCUGAGCAAAGUGUCGUAAUUUGUUCUUUCCUUAUAUAGAAUCAUUAAUUGUCUGCAUAUUGUUGAGUCUGCAACGGCUGAGAUCAUGUUCAGGUUAAAGGACAGAGACCUUUGUUGAACCCUGUGGUUAAGUGGUGUAUCACCUGUGGAUAUAAGCUCUCUUCAUGCUUACACAAACACACACAGUGGCGUCUCUCUGUGUGCUGAUGCUAACAUGCUGAUAAUGAAGCUUUCAGCUGAGAGCUAAAGCGUUUGCACCUGAAUGAACCCUGUCUUUUCUGAUAUUAUGGACUUCAUGACGCUAGCGCCCAAAUAAAUGUAUCGUAAAUUCAGUUUGUGGGAUUGGACAGUGGCGGAUGUACGGCAGGGGGCAAAGAGACAACGGGGGGAGUGUGGUUACUUAUUGCAGAGUUAAUGGGGUGAGAAGAAGAACUGAAUCAGCAGCAUACCCUUGUACACAGGAAGGCAAACAAGCAGGAGAAUCAGCAGCAUGCAGCAGGAGGUCAAACAGAUUGUGCAAAGGCCUGGUCAACAGGCAGGGAAGAGGGGGGAGGAGGAGGAGGAGGAGGUUGAUGGGAAGCAACUCCUCUUCCCACUUAUUACCCCAAAUAUGACACAAAACCGAGGAGCACUUUCUUCUGGGAAACAAUGGAGACUUUCACUCUUAAGUGAGCUCUGUGUUUGUUUCAGAGAAAGUCCUCCUGUUGAUCUGACCAAACCAGGAGGUAAUGUGAUCUGUAGAUCUUCUCCGGUACCAGAAUACAGACCCUCCUCAGUUAGGUUAAAGUUUUUUAAAAGUCAUCAGAAAGUCUUGGCUUUGGCUGCAGCUGCACCAGUGGCUAAGCUAUAACUGCCGUUCCAAAAGAGCUGAGACGCUUUGUGAAAUGUUGAUUAUAAUGAAAUUUGAUGGUUUGUAAAUUAUUAAAAGCCUAUUUUUGAUCGAACAUAGUGGCAAGAAACUCAAACAUUGACACUAAAAUUUGUUAUUGUUUUAUUAAAAAUGUUUGUUAAUUUUAACUUUGAUGCCUAAAAAGUAGUUUCAGGGUCAUGUUCCUCACUCUGUGUCAUCAGUUCUUUACAUUUGUGAACCCAAGAGAUCGGUGUCUGGGGUUCAGAGUGGGAAAUUCUUGCAUAAUACAGGAGGCAGCGUCCAUGAUUUCCAAAACAAAUCUAAUAUUUUGAGCCAUCAGUCCACAGAAUAGUUUUCCUCUUCCCCUCAGUCCACCUUCAGUGGGCUCAGGUCCAGAAAAGUCUCUGGUGGUUGUGGAUCCUGUUUCUAUCUGGUUUCCUCUUUGCAUGGUUCAGUUUAAAACUCAUUUAUGGAUGCUGUGAUAAACUGUGUUCACAGACAAUGUUUUUGGAAGUAAAUUGGAGACUAUGCAAUGAGUUCCACUCCAGAGUCCUGUCUUUUUUAAGUGCUGCCUGAGGGUCUGAAGAUCAGGACCAUCUAGUCUUGGUUUUGAUCCUUGUCCCUUUUGUCCAGAGAUUUGUCCAGAUUGUCUGAGUCUUUUAAUGAUAUUAUGAACUGCAGAUGAUAAAAUCCACUCGUUCUCUCACAUCUGACACUCAGGAACAUUACUCUGAAACUGUUGAACUAUUAGCUCACACAGUCUCUCACAGUGUGGGGAAUUUCUUCCCAUCUUUCCUUCUGAGAGACUCAGCCUCUUUGAUAUCAUAGGUUGUAAAAUUUAGUGUAAAAAAAUACCAGAAUCCCCCUUUCACCUGUGGUAUAAUAUCUCAAUCAACAUGUAUUUACAAAUGAAUGUGACCGAUUUGUCUCUUUUUAUUCAGGUAUUUACUCACUCCUGGAUCAGACUGUCUUAAACCCUCUGAGAACCUGCUACCAAGGACCCUAUCAAACCAUCACUAAAGGCUUCAGAGAACAAGCAUGAGAGAGGACGAGUUCAGCAGAAUCCCAAAAGUGCAGGCCUUCAUCACCUUCUCUCUCACUUGAGAAUCAACCAAUCCUUCACCAUGUCAUCCGGAGAAGAUAAAGCUUCUCCGAACAUCAGUGCCUCAAUACUGCAGAACCUCCUCCACACCUUCUCGCCCUCUCCCUCCAUCAUCCUACCAUCUCCAUCCUGCAGCAUAGAUGAGUCCUACAAGUACAUCUUCCUCCCCAUCUGCUACUCCUUCACCUUUAUCUUCAGCAUCUCCCUGAACUCCGUCAUCCUCUACCGCUCCUUCCGCCGCACCAAACGCUGGAACGCCUCCCUGAUCUACAUGGUCAACCUUGCCUCCACUGACUUCAUGUACGGACUGUCGCUGCCGUUCUUGGUGGCGAGUUACGUGAUGCGAGAUCGUUGGAUGUUUGGGGACUUUAUGUGCCGCCUGGUUCGCUUCCUCUUUUACUUUAACCUGUACUGCUCCAUCUUUUUCCUCACCUGUAUCUCCGUGCACAGGUACCUGGGUAUCUGCCACCCAAUGAGAGUCAUCACACUGGAGACCAAGAAGGCCGUCAAGUGCACCUGCGUUGUGGUUUGGAUUGUCGUGUUCGCUCUGACUUGUCCUAUCUUCCGCUUUGCUCAGACUGGUCAUGUGACUAGAGUGGCAGGGUUUGGUGGUAAUGCGAGCAGCUCGGUCAGCCUGAGCCAUGAGGUAUCAUUGAUGAACAGCAAUUUCAGCGAUGGGAAUCUUGGUGUGGUCACUGAGGAGUACCAGAACUGUUGGGAUGAUGCCAUUGAUAAGGAGUUUCCUGAUUAUGUGCCGUAUGGGAUCAUCCUGCAUCUGUUAGGCUUUUUUAUACCAUUCUCCAUUAUCGCUUGGUGUUACUCUCAUGUUGUUCUGACCAUAUUUAGGAGUCUGCACAGUCAGCCCUCCUCCAGCAGAAGUUCAAGAGCAGGGGGACAAGAGGGGAUACUCAGAAGAAGCAGCCCCGCGGUUGAUGGACGGGGAAGAAGAGGAAGCAAUGGCAUGUCCAGGACACGAAGAAGAGAUGACGGGGUUUCCAUUUUCCUUGGUGCAAACUCACCUUACGCCAAUCGCAGACGCAAAUCCAUCAAGACCAUCAUCACCAUCACCCUCCUCUUUGCUCUGUGCUUCUUCCCCUUCCAUGUGACCAGAACCAUCUUCCUCCUGCUAAAGGUGACCAAACGAGUGCCCUGUCACACUAUGACCAUGGUCUCCAUGUGCUACAAGAUCACCAGGCCUUUGGCGUCAUUUAAUGCAUGGCUCAAUGCCCUACUGUACUUCCUGACCAAAGACAAGGCUGGCGCUCACUGCUGCCAGACGCUGAACACGGCCAACCACCAACAGGGCGGGCUUCUGCUGCCCUUGAGGAUGAUGGGAAAAGGAAAGGAGGCAGACAAUGGUGGGGCAGAGGAGAGACUAGACAAUGAGGAGAAUAAAGCUUUUCACAACAGCCGGCCGUAUGUGGACAGAGAAAAAGUCCGUUUUAUAGUGGAGUGACUGAUAUUCUGUCAGGAAGGGAGGAUGAUGCACUGUAGUUUUAUUUUAUUUUUUUCUGGAAAUCAGAAUCUUACAAAAAUAUGAUACGCGCACUGUAGACAAAAAAAAAAAAAACAAUGAUUAAAGAAAACUAAAACAGGAUUCUCUGCAUCUUUUUCUUUCUAAUUUAUCUACUGCUACACUGAGUCAUCCAAAUGUAACAAGAAUGAUGGUGAUAAUCUGAUAAUUCUGCCACAGUGUGUAAAAAUUAAAAUGUACAAUUAUUGUCAAAUUAUGGCUCUAAAAAAUUUAAAUUGUUUGAUGAACAUUACAUGUAGACUUUAAAUAUGAUAUUUGCACAUUUCAAGUAGAUCCAGGUUUAUGUUUCUUAUUGUGUCCUCAGUUCUUUCACCCUCUGUAAACCUUAGUGAACUCACUAGACCGGGUUCUUGAGUCUGAAAAUGAAAUGUUGUCCCAUUCUUGCCUGAUAGAGGAUUUUAGCUGCUCAACAGUUCAGGGUCUCCUUUGAUAGAUAGUGUUGAAGAGCCGCAUGUUGUGGGGGAGAAACGACCUCCUCAGUCUGUCAUUGGAGCAGGACAGUGACAGCAGUCUGCCACUGAUGCUGCUCCCUGCCUGGGGAUGGGGCUGUGCAGGGAGACCAGAGUUCACCCAUUAAGUGUGCAUGAAAACAAAUAUCAAACAUUUUUACUGGAAGUUUCUGUGUAUGUCAGCAAAGACACGUCACCUAGCAAGUCCAGAUGAAACUGCUAGUUUAUUCUGGGUAAGACUAUUCUGUUUUAUUGCUCCAAAAGGUUCUGGUUGAGCUGAGAGAUGUGAUAACUCAUUUUAUACUUUGCUUCUGGCGCCCCCUGCUGAUUCAAACCAAUCACAUUCAUUUCAGCUUUUAUAGCAGCAAAAUAUAAAUUGUACUUGUUCCUGAGAGCGGACUGAUUUCAUAUAUUCAUGCAUAAAUCUUGAGCAAUUAUGGCACCAUGUUUUUGGAGGCUGAGGUGAGCUUUUGGUGGCAGAGAGGGGGGAGCUGGAGAGAAGCAAGGGAAACCCUCUCCUUCUCUCUUUAAUAUUAAAUAUAAGCCACUCUGAGUCUAUUUUUUCUGCUCUGUGUGACUCUAAAAGGACCACAAGUAACACCACUCUGUGAUGAAGAAAACUGAAACAGCAUUAUGACACUAGUCGUUGGCUGAAUUAAUUACUAAAUACUUGUAUUCCUGUAAAUAUUUGACUUAAAUCCUGUAAUAUAAAGACUUAAACCUCCACAAAUAACUCUACUCUCAAAAUCAUAGUACAUUUUUGUCAAGCCACUGUAAGGAACUCUCAGUUUGUGUCAACUUUAGGGCCUCCUUGUGGACAAAGUAGUGUUUGCUUAUCUUGUUCUCUACAUGCAUAAGUGUCUUCUGAGCAUAAAUGUCAUCUUACUUCCCUUCAACUGUCAAAUGUAUCAUUUAUUGGGAAAAUUUGAUGUGAAAAUUGUAGAAACACAGCUGUUUCUUUGCUGCUUGACUGAUUCAUACACUGAACAGCAUUAUGAGACUAGUCUCAAAUCUCUACUCUCAAAAUCAUAGUACAUUUUUGUCAAGCUACUGUAAGGAACUCUCAGUUUGUGUCUACUUUGGUGCCUCCUUGUAGUGUUGUGUCGCUUGCGAACGAUUUGUUCAAAAGAACCGAAUCUUUUAGAAGUGAGCAUACUGAACCGAAUCACUUCCUCAAGUGAUUCGUUCAUUUCUCACUUUAGUUGAGCUGAAUUGAGAAACAGCAUUGCCAGACCAGCAGCCGGCGAACGAGGGACCACAUGCACCGACGCCUAAAUCACUUGGUGAAUGAAUCACGCAUUGAACUUCUCUCUGGAAUCAUUUUUUGUCAGACAAAACUACCUUUUUUUCACUGCUAAAUUGCCACAACAACUUGCAUACAACAGGACACAGCAUGUAACAAGUAGUGGAUUAAACCCGCAGCAUCCUAUCAUUCCAGCGGUUUGCGAGGGAACGGUGCAAGUUCAGUAUUAAUUCUUCUAAAAGUUCUGUGAACAAGUCACUCACUGACCCCAAUUUACCAAGCAGACCUGGUAGAUAGCAUAUCAUAGGACAGUACACUUAAAACUUCAUGACUUAUAAACAAGUUCAUUUUUACAAAACUGUUUGCCCAAGCAACACAGCCAAACACUCUUGUCUCCCAGUCCUCGAAGCCAUGAAUUGAACUGAAUCCUGAAACGUUCAGCUGUGUAUCAGUUCAGGAGGUCGGAGUCACAGGCUUCUCCCGCUAAAUGAUUCAGUGAUUUGGUGAACGAAUCUUUCUAGUGAACUGAUUCUAGUGAUUCAGUACAUCUAAAAGAAAUGCCGUGCCCAUCACUACCUCCUUGUGGACAAAGUAGUGUUUGCUUAUUUUGUCCUCUACAUCAGUGUUUCUCAAGUCCAGUCCUCGAGGCCCACUUUCCUGCAUGUUUUGGAUGUUUCCCUGCUCCAACACACCUGAUUCAUAUGAUCAGCUCGUUAUCAAGCUCUGUAGUGGCUUAAUAAUGAGCUAAUCAUUUGAAUCAGGUGUGCUGGAGCAGGGAAACAUCCAAAACAUCCAAAACAUGCAGGACAGUGGGCCUCGAGGACUGGACUUGAGAACCACUGCUCUACAUGCUCAAGUGUCUUCCGAGCAUAAAUGUCAUCUUGCUUCCCUUCAACUGUCAAAUGUAUCAUUUAUUGGGAAUAUUUGAUGUGAAAGUUGUAAAAAGACAGCUGUUUCUUUGCUGUUUGACCGACACAUACACCCUAAUGUUGAUUUAAGGCAUUUAAAAUUACAAUAUAAAAAAUAUUAGUCUUGUUUCUGUUGGUUUUGUUUGCUUUUGCACAUCCUAAAAAGGCCUUGAUAUGAAUGUCAGUCUUUUUCAUAAACAUGAAAACUCCUCACAGGAGCUUUAAUGUGGCCCUUACACUCCCUGAUAGUAUGUUUUAAAUGAAAAAUUAUGAACACCGUGAAGAGAACAUUUUGUUCUUUGGAAAAGUCUGACUGUAAUUCCGUUUUGGGAUAGUUGUGAAGGAAGAGGGACUCUCUAAUUAUACAAAACUUAUUUUUCUGAGUACAAUUGUCAGUUUUAAACAUUCACACAGAUGUUAACAUGUGCAGUUUAACACACACACACACACACACACACACACACACACACACACACACACACACACACACACACACACACACGUACACAAUGUUCCUGCCAGGGGAAACACCCCCCUCCUUCUCCCCCCUCCGGCCGGUUAGAAAUUCAAAACGCAACCGCCUCUCGUGAACUCCCGUGCUGCACCGCGGCCCAGAAACCCCUCUGACGGUUAUUUUAAUUUCACAUAAAAAUUAAAUAAAAAUCACAGGAGCGCUAUUUUUGAAAAGUAACGACGGGGUUGGAUUCUCCUGGUCCACAGGCAUAUUUUGGUGCGUGUGGCUUUUUGCUGCGGGCUCGUUUGGAUUUCUAUUUAUUUUUUGUGUGUGUGCCGGAGUGUGGGGAGCAGAGGAGCGCAGCCGUUGGCGCCACUUUCAAACGGCGCGCGGACACAGAGUGAGAGUCUGAGAGACACUUUACACUGAAGUCACUGCGAUUUUUAUUACUAUCGAAACUUUAGGAAUACUUUUAAUCACAGACUCUUUUGGACUGUUGUCGACUCCAGAAGGUGAGUAAAACACGAAUUUCAUAUUUUACGUAUUUUUGUUUUAUUCAGGCUGGUAGAGUUAGACACGUGCCCUUACUAAAUGAGUAGUUUUGCGAUUCAGUUUUUAAUUUUAUCAGAAAAGGAGGAAGAACAGUGAGUACGGUACAGUAACGGUACAGUGAAGUGUUCAUGCGCAGUAAUGGCGUCUGGUUCAGGGACGAACACCCGUCCAGGGGCAGAUUUCCUACAUUCAGCAGUUCUGUUUCGGUGUCCAGGGUGACUAACAUCGGCUGAAUUGUUUUAUAUUUCUCUACAAAAGUCCUGAGAAGAUAACUGAGAGAGCAGAGGAGGCGGACACUCCCACAGCCGGCAGUCACAGCCCCCUCCCCAAAGACCCCAGCCCCGUCCGCCUGUUUUCCGCUACCAUCAGGAACCACUCUACAACUCUAAAUAAAAUAAAACCGAUACACAUAAAGCGCAAUAAAAUCAGAAAUAGCAUAUUUUUGCCUUCUUUCACGGUUGAAACUUGGUUACAGAAAGUCUUAACGCAGAGUAGUUAAAACGGACUGCUCGCUCUGACUCAGCAGUUUUUCGUCCUGACAUCAUUACAGUCAGCAGAAUGUAAUACAGCCCGUUACAUGUUACAGGUGCGGGGUUAAAACGCACUUAUAUACCUCUAACCUUAAAAUAAUGACGAUUCAAACAAUAAAUGUCUUUUAAUACCUUAAAAUAGCUGAUUGAUGGUUAAAAAUACAAUCAGUGUGUUUUAAUGGCAGCUGUGGUGUCACGAAGGAGGAAUUUCAGAGAAAAUAGUCACAUUUACGUGUCAAUUCUCGAGAAAUACUUCACCUAAAACUAAAGUGCUUAUAAUGCUAGCUAUGACGAGCUCUACAGCCUCAAAUAAACCGUGUGCAGACAAAUCUGUUCGUGUUAUUGACACAAAUGUAAGUCCACGUAUUUAUUCACCUCAACCACCGCGUACAGUCUCGGUUUAGUUCUUACUGGGUGUUCAGACGCUUUUAAUGAUGAAGUGUUAAACUGUAAAAACACCAAGAUCUCAGUCCUAGACUCUUACCUAAUGAAACAAUGCCACCACUAUAAGGAACUGUUAUGAUUUCAGAUGUGAAAUUGACUGCAGAGGUCGAACAGUGCGUUUUAUUUUUAGUGUUCAGUAUCUCAAUUUCAUUGUGAGUAUAUUUUGACAUUAUUACUUAUAAAAAGCUUAUUCUGCUCACAUAAGAGAAGAGAGAAAUGCCUUUUUACUUAAUUCAAAAAUUAAAGAGAGAUGUUUUGAUAAACUGAUCUUGUGACUUUUCCUGUUAACUUCUUACUAAAUAUAUAGGCCCCUCAUAACUCAUCCUAAAAUGAUAAAGAAGCAGCUUUUUCACUGAACAGCAGACUUAAAAAUAGUCCAUGACUUCUGAAAAACUUAGUUUUAAAAUAUGAAGCUUACUCUUUCAUGUUGUAUAGAAAUUUUGUGGACAGUUUAGCCUCAGAAUGAUUCAAACGGAGCACAUUGGUAAAGAAAAAUAAGCUGUUUUAUUGUGAAAAAGACAUUUAGAUAGCAGUUUGGUGAUUGGACUACUAUUUAGUUUCAGUAAUUUACAAUUUUUUAUUACCUAUGAUCUGUUUUAUAUCAUAAAGCAGUCGAAUGUGUCGUGGUCAGGAAAUGGCUGUGCCUCUUCGGAUUUAAUUUGUUGGUUUUCCUGGGGUAUUAUUAAUUGGUUAUUUUUCCUCAAAUUUGUCAGAAAAUGUAGGUCAGUGUCUCAGAGACACGGAGAUAAUGUUCCUUCAUUUAAAAUACUCAGUCAGCUGUUACAGAGAGGGAAAGAAAAUAGAAAAUACUCACAGUUGACAAACUGAUAGGAGAGAAAAAGACUUUUGUACCCUGAAAAUGGGCUAAAUUUACCACAAUAAAUGUGACGAUUCUCAUAACCGUAGUUAGUUAAUGAAAUGAUCACAGCAGCUGUGUUUGGCAUUACUUUUUUAUCCCCCUAACAAUGAAAAACUAGCAAAAUAUUCAUGAUUCAAACUAAUAACAUCUGCAACAUUUAAGCCUGAACAAAUCUGACUUUUUCAUUUAGAAUAAUAGACAUGUUAUCAAUGUAAAAAUGUUAGGAAAUGCAGUUUAAUCUCAAUGGAGCAGUUUGACUAAAAAACUUGACAAUAAUACUCUGAAUUUAUUACACUCACUUGUCUUAUGCUGGAUUUUAAUGAAGGGUCUCUGCUGAACCUUGAAAAGUCUUUGAGUCUCAAAUUGGAUUUUGAAAAUUCAAGCCUUGAAAAACAUCUCAUUUUAAGUGUUAAGACAUCUUAGAUUUUCAAUGUGACACGAGUGAGGCAUGUCUUAGUAUUCUAUCGAAUCUACACUGCCUAGAUAGGAUUGUGUAAAAUUUUGGUUCUUUGUUGUAGGCCAAGUGUUCAAAUGACAAAUUUAUCAAUUUUAUGAUGGCUUGUAAACUACAGACAGGAAGAAUAGGAAAUAAGAACAUGUUUAGAGAAAUUUGGCAUCAAGAUUUAAAGUUAGAGAAGGGGUGGUCUGCAAGAUGUGCAAAAAAGAUUUUACAUGAAGGAAGUGGAUGUGUCAUUUGCUGUUAACACCUCUUUGUUUGAGUCUUAAAAGUCUUAAAUUUGAUUUAAAAAAAGUGUGAGCAAGUCUGCUCUCAAAAUUAUACACCCCUGUGUCCUCUCCUUUUAGUUAGCCUUACUGUUUAAACUCAGAGGAAUAUUUUGAUUAAAAAUAUAAAGAGAAUAAAUGAGCAUAACUUUGACUAUAUCAGUAAAAUAUUGAUCUAAAGACAGUUGAAGAAACUUAAAGAGCAAAUGUAAAGAUAAAUAUGACGUGGGCUGUUGAACAACAUGAGCAAAUUUCGUGUGAGAUGUUUGAGUACCUCUUUACUGUCUGAUAGUUUUAGCAUGGUUUGGAGUCUGCAGCUGCAGGUUUACACUCAUUGUCAGAAUAAUUAGAGUCAGAUCUGAAAUGAAUCAGCUUCCUGUUCAGCUGCUCAGUGGUCGCUGCAGGAUUCAGUGAAUUUGAUGUCUGAGAGACGAUUAUUUCAGAGUCAGACUCUGAACACCCACUUUCAGCAGAGCCUCUUCAUCAGAGCGCACUGUUUCCUGUGUGUGUGUGUGCGUGCGUGUAUGUGCUGGGCAGGUCUUGGCAUUUACAGUGCAGUUAGAGAUCAGCUUUUUCCUCAGCCUGCUUCCCGCCAACUCAUGACCCAGCUGCAUUCGAAAUCCCAGCGUACUAUGAAUGCACCGUCAGCGUCCACCUGGGUGUCUGAUCAGAAACCCCCCCUGUCACCACUGUGGUCUCUCCUUUUUUUAUUCUCAAAGAUGUCUUCUUAUGAAAGAUUCCUCUCACAGCCACGCUUUCCUCACCCCUUCCUCACCCUCCUCCCCUCAGUCCGACAGCCUCAGCCCUCUUUUUCACCUCGAACAAAUCACAUUUUUACUCCUGUAGGGCGGCUCCUCCUCUCACACCUGUCUCACCCACACACCCUCAGAGGUCAGCUUUUUUUUUUUUUUUUUUUUUUUCUUUUCAGUCAUCCCCUCCCUCUCUCCCUCCCCCUCCUUUCCCCCCCUCCUUGUGGUGUGGGUUCGUGUUUUAGAAAGUGAUGGGGAGGGAGAAAGUCAGCAGCCGUCUGUCGGUGUGUGUCAGCCUCCUCCUCAGAGUCAGAGAGCAGAGCGAGGCUGCAGCGAGCAAGCACAGAGAGAGGAGGAGGAGGACACAGCAAGGAAGGAGGUGAGGAAGGAAGGGUGAAACUCCCCCCCGAUACUCCCCCGUUUAUAGGAAUAGAAAGAAGAGCAACUAGACCCCCCGACAGGCCUUUUUCUGCUGCACAUGUCACCACGAUUUUCUGCUUUAGUCACAUUUAAGAGUGUUUAAUUCUGAGUUUUAACUCGAGCUUUAAAAUCUCCCUGCAGGCUUCUCAUUUACUCUCUGCUAAUGAUUAUUCCUGAGAAUAUUUUAGAUGGUUUGUGUCUGCUAUCUGAAGCAACUUUCAAUGAGAGAGCAUUAACACAUGUUUAAGAGAGGACCUAGAGAACAAGCAGUUCUGGUUAGUCAGCUCUAGUUAGUGCUGGUUAAAGCUAGUUUCAUCCUGUGGUUUCUACAGCAGGUGAUGGUAAGUGGAUUUUUCUUCCUGCAGUUGAAAUUGGCCCUAUUUUCUCAGACCCUCUCUCUGUCCUCUCUCCCCCCCUUGAGUUUUUCUCCCCUGCCCCCCCUCCCCUUUGUGGUUAAUGUGUUUUUCCUCUGGAUGAGGUUGCAGUUUGCGUCUCGUGUGUGUCCGUCCUGCUGACAUGUGAUGACCUCCUGUUUCACACAGGCUACGUGGCUUCAUCUGCAUCACCUCCAGGUUUUCUCUGAAAAGUUCCCCCCUCUUCUCAGAAUUUCUGAUGUUCAAUAUUUUGAAAGAGCUUAAAAAUGCAUUGAGGCAGCUUUACUCCUACAAAAGGUGUAUCUAUCUAACAAAAAAGAAAACCUAACUUUGAACUCUUUCAGGACUGCAGAUUUUCCACAAAUCUCAUUUUUCAAUUGUGAGAAAAUGACAAAGAUCGAAUAUUAAUAUGUGGAUAGGUUUGUUUCUAUAAAAGUACAGGCUGUCAUGCAGAAUCAUUCACACUAACUUGAGUCAUCUGAUACUCAGAUUAUGUGUCAAAUAAUGACAGUAUGAUUGUGCUAUUGCCGUAUUGUUCAUUGUUUCUUGCAUCUAACUUUUUUUAAGGUUCAAACAUUAAAUUUUUUGUUUAAUUAAAAAAAAUGACAAAAUGAUGCAUAAGUCAACUCCUAUUUUACACCCUAUUUAUUUUUUUUAAAUUUUAUUUUUUGCAGAAAACGUGCAUAUCUUUGCACAUUUGAUGUUUUCAGGUGUGUGUAGAAUCAGCUGAGCACACACUUGAGCAUAGAUUUCAAAGGAAACAUUUUAUUCCAGAUUUUUUUAAUAAUCCACAACCCAACUUUUUAAAACAUCUGCAUUAAAGUUUUUAAAAAUCCUCACAUCUGAAUUUAGCUUUGACUUUUUAUGAAAUAGUUCUUCUGUAACAGAUUUUCAGUCUGUGUUACUUUUUUCUUUUUAUUGUGUGUCAUAUAUUUUUGAUUUGGGGACAGAGUGAGACAUUUUUCACCAUGUCAGACAGUCAUAAAAACACAUUUUCUAUUAUUAAUAGAGUUCCCAAAGAUUUUUUUUUUUAAAUGUUUUGUUUUUUGUUCUUUUGUGGAGAAGGGAGGACACUUCAGCUUUUAUUGGAGGGACAGCUGAAGAGACAGGAAAUGUGGAGAAUAUGAAGUAGGAUAUCAUUUGCAGCAAAGGGUUGAAGUCAGGAGUUAAACCAGCGCCCUGUAACAAGGAUAAAACCUGCUAAGCUAAUGGCACCCCAGAUCCUUAAAAAGUCUGAAAGUAGAUAAUUGAAAAUUUAAGGUUAUAAAAGUAUUAAAAUCUUAUUUCAAUUUAUUAGAGGUCUUAGAUGACAUGUGUGAACACUUAAUCAGAUAUGCUCUGCCUACUUGAGUGUUAUUUUAUUCUGUUUGGUGAAUGUGCUCAUUCAUGUCAAAAACUGGGUUUUUAAAAGCACCUUAUUACCUCCACAUUCACUAACAGCAAACAGGAGAGAGACAGAGGAGAAAAGUCAGAGCCUGCAUGUGAAGGAAAUCAGCCUUAAGAUGGAAAAUACAGUGUGUGCAUGCUUGGGUUGACUGUUCAAAUGUAGGAUUUACAUUUAUGAAUUGUGGCACACCUGUGUCAGUUUGUUCUGCUCAGCAAAAAUGACUGAUCUUUAUUCUGUUAGGGCAGUGGUUCUCAACUGGUCUCACUCAGGGACCCACAUUUUCCCAUGGUCUUCAAGUCGUGACCCACUUUUAUAGAAUUUAAACCAAGCAAAUAUAUUUUUUAUGAAAAAAAAAAAACUUUAUUGAGUAAAGUGCAUUUCAGAGCACAUGAAGGGGACAACAUGAGGAGACAACUACUGAAGUUGCUUAUACAGAAAAUAUCAAGUAUCUAAUAAAUAUCGCAUUCAAUAUUUACUUUUUUGACCAGCUGUUCACGACCCAUCCAGAACGUGUCGGCAACCCACUUUUGGGUCAGGGCCCACCAGUUGAGAACCACUGUGUCAGGGUCUUUAAAAAGUCUUAACAAGUGUUUGAUUUGAUUUGAAAGUGUGCUGCAACCCUGCACUGAAUCAUGAUGAUAAUGAGCAAAAAUCUGAGUGGGAUUGUUGAGGCUGUGUGGUUAGAGUGGUCAGAGCUGUGACCAUUAACUCACAGCUGUAAACUAAAUUUAUAGAUUGUUCAAAUUACUUUAGAUUCAUAUUAAAAUAAUCAUUAGAAAACACCAGUGGAGUCUUUUAUUGUGGCAAUCUCAAAGGUUUAGUUUGCUGUAAAAUUUAGAUUCUUACACUCGAACAGUAAUCAAAUAUAUUAGACCAGAUUUUCUUUAGAGUUUUAAACAGUUUUAGAGAAAUAUUCAUCAAGUCAGCAGUUUUACAGAAAAUGACAGAUUUUAAAGCUGAACGGACAAAUUCUUUUGAACUCCUGUUUUUAUUCAUCAGUAAAAUUAUUCAGGUAUUCUUGCACAGUGUGAUCAGUGAUCUCACCUCAGUUUAAUUCUCUCAUACAGAUUAAAAUAUGUCCAUCAGAGUUUAAAAUGAGGCGUCUGCUCCUUUAAAAUCUGUUUGUGAACAUUUUUAAGAAAAUCCUCUACAUAUGUUUUUUUUCCUUUUAUCAGAAGAAGUGAGUCUAUGUUGAAUUCAGAUGUUUAUUUGAAUUAUAAUGAAUUUAUUGAUGUGUGCAGCUCUUUUUUUAAGGCAGAGCAAACAUUUAUUGCCUUUUGCACAGAUGUGGGUUCACCAUCAUCCGUGUGGGUUGAUUUAAGAGUCAGAUAUAUUUUGAAAGAUUGAUGAGUGACUAAAAAUUAAAAAAUGUUAUAACCAACCUGAAACUCAUGGAGUCAUCCUGGUAUUUGAUCAGAAUCAAAAUAGAUUUGACACGUUCAGGGGUGUUGUGGUGCAAUACAGAAAUGACUUUGAUCUGAGUUUUGCAGAAAAUGUGAUCAGAAUUAGCACAUUUGAAGUUUAAACAGAGCUCCUCUGUAUAAUGCAGGUUUGUAAAGUUUCCUUCUUAUUUAGCUUCAUAUUUUCAUCACUUUGCUUUACAUCCAACUGUCUAACCUGUCAAACCUGAUCAAGUGAAUAAUUGAAUUCUGCUUUUAGCUUAUUUUUUAUUAUUUUGAUAAAGACUAGAGCUGGAGGAUUUGCUGUUUUUUUUUCUUCUAAAUAUUUUAUAUGAUAGGUCAGAAAUGUAAAAACAUCACUGAUUUACACGCUGAAAUUUCUCAGACUAAAUGAUUUAUAGAAAAAAAUCAACAUCUGCUGAGCUGUGACCAAAAUAACCUCAAUCACUGUUUUCUAUCUAAACAAGAUCCUAAAGGGGAUUAAAAGUCAGCCAGACAAACAAAAACCACUUAAGUGUUUUUAAGUGUUGGUUUGACAGAAUCAGGAGAUGUCCUUUUAGGGUGGGUUGAACUCUUUAAAACCUUUUACACAGUUUCCUGAAAUAUUCUUGACAAAGCAAAAUAAGAAAAGAGCUGAAGCUGAUCUGCAGCUUUGUGUCUGGGCGAUGAGAGGAAGGUCAGAUGAUCUUUGGUCUGAAUGAUCAGUCGUGUUGUAGGUCAUGUUUUUGGCAUGUUGUUUAACAGAGCGAGUCCUGUGACUGUUUGUAUUUAUACUGUGUUGUGAUUUUUCUGCUGACUGUAGAGAAAGACAUAAAUCAGUCUGAGCUGCAGCGUCUCCUGAUCUUUAUAAAAACCCUCCAUCUCUAAUAAUUCAUCUUUUCUCCACAGAGAUCCGGCAGCAGCAGGUGGGACCCUCUGCAGCCUGCAGGUAAGACCACCAUCACACCACCACUACAAACAAAAUUUCUUUUCAUUUUAUCUUAAAUCUCAUGACUUUACAGUCAACAGAUCAUUUCAGUCUCAGCUUUUAAAACCUCAUUAGGAGAUAAAACUGAAAUACAGUUAUUAAAAAUCAAACAGAUUUAGAUCAGAGAGUGUAUAUCUGCUCCUGAGAACAAACAGUAAGAAUAAGUUACACACACACACACACACCAAAGUUUUAAAGUGAGUGAACAAACCCAAACAGCAAAUGGGUUUGUGGGAAAUCACUGGUUUCUGUUCUCUAAAUGUAAGUUUUCUGCAGCCUGAAAAAGAAGCUUUCUUAAAUUAAAUCUGAGCUGCAGCCAUGCUCAGCAGGAAGUGCUCAUCUCACAUCUGAAGUCAGUGAAACCAUUGAUUAUUAAUAUUUAUGAUAAUACUAAUUUAUAUAUUUAUUUUUGUGGAUCUAAAAUGACGUUUAUUUAUUGUCUCUAAGCUCUGGCGCAGCCUCCCUUCAAGAUUCAACCCUAUGGCCCUGGUUAAUGCCCAUUACUUUAAUGCUGUAGUGCUAUACUACCUGGGUGUAAAGAAGCACAGCUGACAGAUAAUAGUGGAUCUAGAAAAUGCAGAUGAAGUGGAGUGUAAAGACUGUCUGGUGAAGAUGGUUAAACUGGGAUAAAGCCACUCCAGAGCAGUGAGUGACCAACACAGGCAUACAGACAGUAACCUCUGCUAAUGUUCGCCACACAGACAAACUAAUGUGACAGCCUCAGCGAUCCCAUCUUUAGCCGUGUUAAAUAAACUUUUGACUGUUUACUGACUGUUAUCUCAGGUAAUUUAUCCUAAUGUACACUGACUGUAAAACAGCUUCUGAGAAUCUGUAACGCUCACUGACUGAUUUCUUGUUUUCUUUGGUGAUCAUGAGAGAGCAGGUCAGCUGAUGCCUGAUGUGAUGCCAAAAUCAAUUUGCUGUUUUUUUUUUUUGUGUGUGUGUGUGUGUCUUUUGCAUUUAAAAUAUAUGACAGAAACUGUAUAAUAAUCACAUCCAGUAUUCCAUGAACAUUACAGUCUAAUAUACAAAGUUAUCUUAGCCAGUUACAUGUGUGCGACAGUUUUUAAUGAACUAAGGAAAUAGAAAAAUACACCAGAUAUCUUAUAGCUUCCAGAAUAUGACAGAUUUUUAUGUCAGAAGUAAAAUAAACAGUAUCUAUUUAUUAUCCUGUACAUAAUCAUCUUCUACAUUUGAUAUGCAGUCAUUAGGAUGUAAAGAGGGGGUUGAAACUGAUGAGGCUGUCUGCACGGACUCAGGACUGUCGUUUCCAAAUGCCAUUAAUUCAUCUGUCCGACUGAUGAAUCGGAGCAUCUGUAAUUUCUAAUACCCUGAUCACUGACAGGCCGCUUUGAGCUCUUUUUUUAUAGUCAGCUUCCAGUUCAAAAGAUGAAGUCAUGAGAGAACCAUCUCACAGCUCUCUUAUUGAUCAUAUUGGGUCAAAUUUUCAGAGACGGUUAAUCCUCAUUAUGCACCUUCACUCAUGAAGUUAUUUUAACUUACUCUGUUUAAUUUUUCAACAAAAAGCUGUAAAUCCAUCCUUUAUCUUUGAAUAUUCUGUCACACUUUUUAUUCAUCAUCACAGACUGAAAAUAAUAUUUCUGAUCAUAUCACAUAAUUUACUGCUUUUAUUUUUGCUCAUGUUGUUCUGGGAUUUUUUAUUUUCUCAGUUUAAACUUGAAUCCUCAUGAAGACACGUCACACAUUAAUUUCUGCAGCUCUGAAGGAUUUCAUUUGUCACACAUUACCCCCUUUAAAAACCGGCAGGCAUGUAAUUUUCCUUUUAAACAGAACGUUGUUUUUUUUUCUUAUCAAACUGGUUAUUUUGUGUCUGGAGAAAAUGAGAGGUUUGAGGGUAACUUUUGGCUGCAGUUUUAACAGCUAUGAAAGAGAAACAACCACUUAAUCAUCAUAAUAACGAUGUUUACUGAAAGUGAAACAGCUGUGAAGUCUGGUGUGAUGUUUUUAUAGACUCGCAAGCUUUGAUUCGAUUUCAGAAACAGAGCUGUGAGGGUUAAUUACUGUUUUUACGAGUAGAUUCAUAAACUAGUAAUCUGAUGUUAUUUUAUCCUAAACCUCCGCAGCGUUUCUGGGUUUAAACCUAAUCCUGUGAUUUCACACAUCAUGUCAGACAGAUUAUACAGACUUUUUUCAGCUGCACUAUGUCCACACUGAUAUUAAAGGUCCUGUCAGAGCAGAAGCUUCACAGUGAUUAGUAACAACUCUGAGUUCAGGUGGGGUUGAGUCUCGUAUCCAACACAGACUGAGAGAUGACUCAGCUCCUCCGUAACUGAUUCAU